AUGGAUCCCACAAUGCAUUUCGACGAUGAAGUGACCACGGAAGAUGAAGGGUCUGAGUGCAGGUCUGAUAUAAUCAAGGGUCUGCUUGCAGAUAAGGUUGCCUCCGCUUCUGACAACGAGGAUGCCAUCGAAUCCGAAACGAAGACAUCCAAGAUCAACAAGCGCAACAAACGUAAGGCAGUCGAGCAAGUAGAAUGGUCGGGCGACGAUGAAGAGGAAAAUCCUUACGAGAAGUUCAAGAAUAGGAAAUCCGAGAAGCGCAAGAAGCUAAAUGCUCAAAAGAAACGGAUAAAGGAACGAGCAAAGGAUGCAAAGGAGGCAAAUGAGAAGGGAGGGUCAUCCAAGUCGAAAGAGAUGAUGUGGGGGGAAGAAUCAGAUUACGAGAUGGACGACGAGAUUCCUGAAUAUCUACAAAAUAGACGGAGAGAGUUCGAUACGAACCUAGAGAAAAUGAAGAGCGCUGGCCUUCGGCUCCCCCCUGACUACUCGGACAUAAACUUUUCAGAUGAUGAGCAAUUGGCAGAGCUCGAAGAACGACCAGAUUUUCCAAGUACUGUGGAGCCUUCAAGACCUUAUGCAGACAUAAAUAUGGAAUUAUCCAACGGUAUAAUACCUGCAUCCAUUGCACAAUAUCUCCGAGAUUACCAAGUUGACGGAGUUAAAUUUCUCCAUGAAAAAUUCGUCUACCAGAAAGGCGGUAUCUUAGGUGACGAUAUGGGCUUAGGGAAAACCGUGCAAGUGGCCGCUUUUCUUGCAGCAGCGUUUGGAAAGACAGGAGACGAGCGGGACGGAAAACGUAUGCGAAAAAUGAAAACAGCACACGAAGAGCGAUGGUAUCCUCAAGUACUCAUUGUAUGUCCUGGUUCUUUAAUUCAGAACUGGAAUAAUGAAUUGACAAGGUGGGGAUGGUGGCAUAUCGAAAAAUUUCAUGGGAGUAUGAAGGAGAAAGAUUCCGUACUUCGGAGUGCACAAUCUGGUCGGGUCGAAAUUGUCAUUACUACAUAUGCAACAUACAAGAAUCACAAGGAUGACCUGAAUACUAUUUCCUGGGAUUGUGUUGUAGCUGAUGAAUGUCAUCAGCUCAAAGAGGGAACAUCUGCUACGACACAAGCAAUGAAUGAGGUAAAUUCUUUGUGUCGCAUUGGACUUACGGGUACUGCUAUACAGAAUAAGUACGAAGAACUUUGGACACUACUGAAUUGGUGUUGCCCAGGAAAGGUUGGCCCACUAGCUACCUGGAUUUCGACUAUUUCAGAGCCUUUGCGGAUUGGACAGAGUCACGACUCUACAAAUCAACAGGUAAAACGGGCUCGGGAGACUGCAAAAAGGUUGGUCAACAAUCUUAUGCCUCAUUUCUUUCUACGGAGGAUGAAGACUUUGAUCGCCCACCAGCUUCCUAGGAAGACGGACAGAUUGCUACCAUGUCCGCUUACUGAUCUUCAACGGGAAGCAUAUGAGAGGUUCCUUGAUAGUGAUAUUGUACAAUUAGUCAGAAAUCAUGGCGAAACUUGCGAUUGUGGCACCAAAUUAUCGCGUGGAAAUUGCUGUUAUUCUAAAAUACCUGGGACAAACACGAAAUGGCAGGCUAUUGUAUUCCCUAUCAUGACAACACUUCAGAAGUUGUCAAACCACUUGGCUCUUCUCCUACCUAAUGACGGAGAUCCGAGGGAAAGGCAAGAACGAGAUUUAGAUUUUCUCCGGAAGAUGUUACCUGAUAGAUGGGAAGAAUUAUACAAAGCUCGAGAUUCAAUUGCAAACCUGUCCAAUCCCGAGUUUUGCGGUAAGUGGAAGGUGUUGAAGAAGCUAUUGAAACAUUGGCACGAGGAAGGAGAUAAGGUUCUAAUCUUUUCCCAUAGCGUCAAGCUGUUGAGAAUGCUUCAACAUUUAUUUCAGAGUACUAGCUAUAACGUUAGCUUUCUCAGCGGGGAAAUGAAAUAUGAAGAUCGUCAGGAUACAGUGGAUGAUUUUAACUCAGAUCCCAACCAAUUCAUCUUCUUGAUAUCCACCAAGGCUGGAGCUCAAGAUAGAGCGUACAGGAUAGGUCAGCUGCGGGACGUUGAUUCAUUUCGACUUGUUUCCGCUGGAACCAUAGAAGAAGUGGUUUAUGCGCGUCAAAUAUACAAGCAGCAGCAAGCUAACAUCGGUUACAAUGCUUCAAUGGAGCGUCGAUAUUUUAAGGGCGUACAAAACGCGGUUAGCCAAAAAGGAGAGAUCUUCGGAUUGGACAACCUUCUAUCUUUCCACGCGGAUGAAAUUUUACUUCGAGACAUCGUCAAUAAAACCAACGUUGCCGAGACAAGGGCAGGCGUCGCCAUGGCCAGUUUUGAUAUGCAAGCAGCUCUCGAUGAUGACGACAAUCCUCUCCGAGCGGAUGAUGAUGAUCCCACUGGCGCGAUGAGUCAACUCGCCGCCUUGAUCACAGAAAGCGAAGAAGCUGCUAAGCACAAAAAGAAACCCACUGCCAAAUCCGAUCCUAUCGCCGCAAUUCUAGCAUCAGCAGGCGUAGAAUACACGCACGAAAAUUCUGAAGUAGUCGGCUCGUCAAAAGUAGAAGAGAGACUCAGUCGUCGUGCAGAGGAAACCGGUGGAGAAAUUGGGUAUGGUGAAGAAGUGCUCUUUGCCGAUGUAGAAGGGAGAAGGGGGAAUAUAACUUAUCAAUUUCAUCCGCCAGAGGAUCUUAUGAAGAGGCAAUUUUGCACGAUGGCUGAAACCUUUGGGUUUGCCAGCGCGACGGAAUUUGCAUUUGUAGUAGAGAGCUGGACACAGAAACAGCGGACUGAUUGUUUGGAGAGGUUUUACCUGAAAAGGAGCGAAAGGUUGGCAGAGUUGGACAACGAGAAAAUGGAGAAGGAGAGGGCAGAGAGAAUGGAGAAAUCGAAGGAUGAGGCGCAGAUUUUAGAUAUGGAUGCCGAAACGGAAAGUGAUAUCAAUGAAUUGUGA